AUGCCUGUCAGACUAGACAUAAAGGAUCCUGCGGCCUCUCCCCACCACCCUCAACCACCGUCCUCACAAUGGGGUUCAUUGCUGAGGCGGGAGGGGCCUCCUAGGCAGGGCACUGCGGGGGGGGGCCUGCCUGCCAGACACCCUCGGGGAGCCUGUCCCUUCAAGCAUGAAGCAUUCCAUCGGGGCUCCCGCGGCCCCAGUGUGCUCCUAGUUCUGCCUGCCUGGCGUGGGGUCCUGGAGCCCUUCUUGGAGCUCCUCCAGCACCCAUCAUGCAGGGUGGUGCUGGGGACCGCCCUCGUGCUCGGAGGCGGAGGCCUCGUGUUGUGGAUGCAGAGAAAGAGGAGAAGGAAGACAGAUUCUGAGACCACACAAGCUGAGCAAGAGCCACCAGAAAGCGAAAAAGCAAGGCAUGAGAACUGGAUCAAAUCACACUUUAGCCGUCUUUCGGAAGAGAAGCUGGCUGACGGCAGCAGCACCGCCUGCGGCCACCCCGCCGGGGCCCCCAGCAAUGCCGCUGCUCCCCAGCCCGAGAGUGGCAGCGUGGAGACCUGCACCACGAGGCAAGGAGAAGAGGGCGCGGCUCUUCACCGGGAGUCCUUCGCCAGCAAGCAGAGGAUGUCUGGGACCUCACUGACCAAAGAGACCCACAGGGAGCCUGGAAAAUCCUCGUCCACGGAUGAGGCCACGUGGGCCGCCGUGGCUGCCUGUACCAAGGAGAUUGACACCAAGGGGCAGCAGCUGGCUAACUCCAUGUUGCAGCGUGCCACAGCCUGCCAGAACUCAGGCCACCUGGAGGCCAAGGACAUCAACCCGGAGGAGCUGAAGGCCCUUGAGGAGGUGGAGAUGAAGCUGAAAGGGAAUUUCCUCACCCAGCGGGAAACCACCAUAGCUGGUGCCAACCACACACACACCUUCCAUACCCAUUGCCACCAUGGCCACCAGGGUUAUCCAAGCCCCCCGAGCCACCAGUGCCACAGCCUGCCCAACCGCAGCCAACAGGCCUACCACCCCUUUAAAGCCACCUAA